AUGUCUACUUUAAACCCUUUUCGCCGGCAUCUGGAUGGCGGUGCUAUCACAGCUUCGACGUCUUCACCGACUGUAAAUCCUACGAAUACGCUGGCCUCCAACCUGAUCGCCAACCCCGCUAAACCGCUCCCUUCGGUGCCUGAUUACGGAAAGUCGUCGUUAUCGUUAGAGAUCGAGGAAGAUGACUCGACUUCUUCGGAUGAGAAGACUGCAGAUCCAUUCAAUCCUGAUUCCUCGGUCAGCGACAGUGAAGACAAUCUAGAGGCGCAGAACCCCAAAAGCUCAGUUCCGGGCGAUCAUCGAGAUUCUUUUGGGUCUGCUCCACACUCAGCUCCAUCCGCGGAUAGAGCUGGCACUCCCCCAGCCGAAGCUCCAUUGACACCCAGCGAAUAUGAUGUGCAGUCCAGAUUCAGUUCAACGGAAUCCAGCUCAGAUGAGGAUGUUCCGGUGACUCGAUCUGCAGGAGCACCGUCGCAGUAUAAACAAAGCACAAGCCCCGUCAGUCAGACCAGCCGAGACAAAAAGCCACCACCCCCGCCCAAGUCUCAUCAUGGCAAACGCAUCAACACUUCAGGUGAUACAGCAUCACAGUCAACGGCUUUCCGGUUAAAUAACCGAUUGUCUUUUCAUGCCUCAUCUCCCGAGAGCUUGAGCUUGCCGAGAACAGCAGGCACACCCAAUGCCAGCUCCACCCACCCCUCCGUCCCUGAUUAUUUCUCAAUUCAAAUAGAGAACCAAGCGGCAGUCGCCUUGAAUGGGUCCCUUUCACGAAGUGAUUCCCAGAAUAGGCGUCCACCUACGCCACCUCUUAGUCGACGACAGAAUCAAAUGCGGAGGUCCAAAUCGACUCAAUCCAAAUCAAGUGCCAGUCGAUUGACACUGUCAUCAGUGGACUAUGAGAGUAAUGAUAGCUCCCAACCACCCAGUCCGGGUCUGUCUACUAGAUCUGGGACCUCAUCUCUCUCCAGAGAUCGCAAGCGUACCAGUAUGCCUCCACCGUCUUCAACUAUAUCCUCUGGUGGAGCCUCAGACCAUCUCUCCCCUUCAACUAUAUCACCACGCCCGCAUCAUGGACGACGGGCAUCUUCAUAUGGAAAUAUAGUCACAGCCUCAUCAAGUGUGGCACCACCACCGCCUCCUCCUCGUCGGGCGCGUGGCAAUUCUCGUGGUGAAGGCAGGCCUUUAUCUCAGUUGAUUACCCCGGAGGAACCAUUGCCUCAACCUUCCAAUGCACAGGAUAUAUUAGCGGAUCUUUCACGCUUACAGAAGGAGGUGGAUGAUCUUCGAGGACAUUAUGAGAACCGCAAUUGUAGCCAGUAA